AGAUCUGAGACAAGAAUUUACACACAACAUGAAGCCAGGUUUACCCAGAGCAUGGUACAGAUUAUUGACACUAUCACAACCAUCGUUCCUAUUUAGAUUUGAGACUGGCUCACCACUUCAGUUGGGAUAUAUAAAUUAGGCAUGGACACCAGCCAAAAAGACUUUACGUCAGUUGUCGAAACAACAACUAAUCAAGAUGACAAACAUGAUGCGGAACCAAUGCUUACAGAUAAUGAUGACGUUGUUAAAGAUGUAGACUCUCAGCAACAGGAUUCAGUGAACACCAGUAGUUUUGAAGCCCACAAUGAUACGGAUGUUGAAAAUAAAGCAGCUGUAAAUACAAUAUCUGCUCUGAUAGAGAAUGAUGACUCUACCAAAAAUCUGUUUGGAAAUAAUUUUCAAAGUAAAAAAGGCGCAGAUGUAGUCAAGGAACCUGUCAAAGACAAUUAUGAAUCUGAGUUCCACAAAUUUUUGAAAGAGGAAAACAGGGCAUGCAAUAAUGAACAUGAUACUGACUCAGUUAAGGAUAUAGACGAGUCGAGUAGGCCUGAUUCCACUGAGAAUGAACCUGCCUCAGCGUUUGUUGGAGAGGACACUUCAAACUCAGAUUGGUACAAGCCCAACAUUGAUGAAGGUUGCAAGACGAGUGAAGCUAACAACUUGUUAGGUGUUGACGAAGCAUCCAAUGUCAGUGUCCCUGGGUCAGCCGCAAGCAGCAAUGUGGAGGACAUGGAUGAAUGUUCCAACAUGAGCUUACCAGAGAGUUCAGCCUUCUCAGACCGCCAAAUGGUGUUUGAUGAAUCAGCCAACAUGAAUCCCCCAAGCAACUGUCCUUUUGUGACUCCUGGGACCCCUAACAGUGAAAGAGACAAGAAUGGGGACAACACUCCGGCAAAGAAACGUAGGGGCACCUUGCAGAUAGCCGCUGAUGAUGCAAGCGAGCAUGGACAUGGAUUGACAGCGUCUGACAUAUUUGAGUAUGCUUGGCCACAAGAACCGGAUGCAGAUUUCUACAUGCUGCAGGAACAGAUAUCCAUCUUUCUUGACAUCAAGUCCUUCAAGAGGAAGUACCCAGAUCUGUUCCGUCGAGUAUGUGACAAACAUGAGAAAGAUUUCCUCAGGGAGAGCGGAGUGGUUUCAGAAACACAAAGUGACCUAGGUUUGACAGCAUUGAAGGCAGAUGAAGUUCAUGACCUGAUGAGUAAGGACUACCCUGCCAAGUACAAGGAAUUUGUGAAAACACUACAGGAAAAAGAGAAGCAGAAAAUGGCUGACAAAAUUAAAGAAUUUAAUGCUUUGAAAUUAGAGAAGGACAAGAUGGCAGAGUACACAAAGAAGGCAAUGAAGUCCGUGUCUGAUUGGAACAGGAACCUGCUGAAAGAACGCAAGGAGAGCCGUAGGGCCUACUUUGAUGUACAAACCUUUACAUUUCAGUACCCAAGAAAUAAGUUCCGCAAGUUGGACACGACCCACACGGAGGUUGGAGCGUACCCACUCUCUGUCAUACCAGGGCAGUUCCAGGACUACUAUAAAACGUACCUUAUGGAGGAGUUGAAGUACUUCCCUCUCAACACAGCUGUGCGUAAUCCUCCUAAACACUCUGAUCUCCUGCAAAAUGAAGAUGAGGCAGACAGUGGGGAUGAGAGUUCCUCAUCCCGGGACAGUGAAGAUGAGAGUAGCAGUGGCAGCAGCAGCAGUGACUCUGAUGAGGACAGCGUGGAAGAAGGUAGGCAGGCUGUCCAGUAUCUCAAUGUCGCUAUUGAAGAGCCUGUAAAGGUGCUGACCGAGAAAUCUUCAGCCAGCCAUGAGACGAGCAAGGAGAAAUCACUAGAGCCUCGUGUUAGAGUGAAACAAGAGACAGAGUGCAGAAUAUGUAAGGAUGAGCCGGAAGACAAGUGGAAGAUUGAUGAGGAGAUCAUAGAAUGCUCCGAGUGCAAGAGUAAAGGUCAUCCCAGCUGUCUUGACCUCACAGAUGAGAUGGUGAAGGUGGUGCGUACAUACCCCUGGCAGUGUAUGGAGUGCAAGACAUGUGUACAGUGCAUGGACCCAUAUGAUGAGGACAAGAUGUUGUUCUGUGACAAGUGUGACCGCGGGUACCACACAUUCUGUGUGGGUCUCACCUCCUUGCCCAGGGGCGAGUGGGACUGCCCUAGUUGUCGUGGGGACACAACACCCUUGAAACCGCUGCCAAGACCAACACCUAGGGCAAGACGUGGUAGAAAGCAGAAGGAUCCCAACACACCUCGCCGACCCCCAGGCAGGCCCCCUAAGGACAAGUCCAAGCUCCAGGAGCGCAGCCAGGAGGUCGCUGAGGGCAAUGACAACCCAGAGGUUGCCAUGGAUACGACAGAGGUCAACCAAUCAGAACAAUGCACUGAGAAGCAGGGGGAGGAGUCCAAAGAAGAGGCAUAACUUGUCAUGGUUGAUUGCUGAAAUUCAUGUUUCUUUUGUGGGCAGCAAGUUUUGAGUUUGUGUGUUGUUGGUAAAUGAACCAAACAGAUUGAAAAAGCCAUCAUGCAUUCAAUUGGAAAUUAAUGAAGAAGACAGUUUUAUCUGAAUACCUUGUCAAGCUGUCAUAUAAAAUGAGUGGAAACACAAUUGUUUGUCUAUGGUACAUUGUUAUUUGCAUGUUGUAGCAUAAUUUGAUUGUUGUUAGAAUUUUAUAACUACUGUUUGGUAUUUAAUUUAUUAAAAAUGUGUAUAGCUUUCUAUAAGAGCAUAUAAGGCAAUUCUACAAUGUCUAUUUUAAGUAGUAGUUUCUUUUUUUGAAAUAAAAUUUCACUUAAGUAAAUGAUCAAUGAUUUACCAAACAUUACGUUUUGAAGAAGAAAUUUAGAUAAACAAUACCCAUUGAGACAAAAAUUACAGUUCACAUUGUAUUUGAUUGUAAUAAUCACAUUUUUGUUCGUUCUAGUUUGCUUGUAUUUAUUUAUCCGCACGAGACCAAAUUCAUAGGCAUCAGAACUUAAAAUGAGCUUUUUAGCUGAUAAACAAUUAAAGAUGUAUCUUUUUGCAAACAUGUUUGAUAACUCAUAAAUUCUCAAAGAAAGUUUUGCUGUUGUUGACAUAAGUAUUUGAAUAAAAAAAAAUGCAAUGCCAUUUUUGAACACAGUAUAUAUUUAUAGCAAUUAUUCUGAUACCCAUAUUUAAUGGACUAUGCUGAACUUUGACCUCAAAGAUCAUUGUUGGACUAAAUGGCAUAUCAUGUACACAAUUUCACUGGGUCCUGUUUGUCAUAUAUUUGCUUUUUACUAUUUUUAGCCUGGGUUAUUUGGAAAAAUAACUAUGACAAUGUCAAAGUCAUGUUUACUGCACAAUUAUAAGAUGACCAAUUGCAUGUUGGUUUGAGCUUGCCUCAGCACGACAUACUCCUGGUGAGCUUUUGUGAUUGCCUUUUGUGAUUGCCUUUUGUGAUUGCCUUUUUUUUCAGUCCUGGGUUGUCAACAUUUGCACUGUUGUGGCCACACUUGUAAUUUAUUUACAAAUUUUCAUGAAUUUUGGUUAAAUUACAGGCCCAAUUGAUAUAUGCCGAGUUAGAAAUUGUGUCCCUUUGUGUAAAAACCUAGGAUAUCAGGUCAAAUUAAAGAAAAAGCUUGUGAAUGCUCUAGAAAAGAUGGGGGUUUUGCGCAAUGAUCAUGAAACUUGCUUAUUUGUUGGUAUGAUUUCUCAGAAGACUGAGAUAUGAUUCCAGUCCAUUGAAAAACAUGACGGCCUUUCUGUAUGUGGCAGAAGAAAAUCCAUUUGAUCACUCAAGUAGUCACAUUUUUGCCCUCUCAUGAGAAACUUUCUCAGAGAUUGCAGCAAGUUGAUGGGGGAGUUUUCAACAUAAGUCUAUUAUUUAACCUAGCUCAGAACAGUUAAGUUCCUUAGGGUCUAAGGUGAGUGCCUUUGGGCUUUUUGUUUUCAAGACACCACAUUGUGUUCAUGAAUAAAAAGUAAAAGAAA